UUACCUCCUCGCGCCGCCAAACUCAUCUUCACCUCGCAUGGCGCCUCCGACGGAGUCAGGCCUUUCCAGGCAUUCCGCAGGUUCCGAACAAGAUGCCGACCCCCAAUUGACCGAGACUAUCGCACCAGAGCCCGUCGGACGCGUCCCCUCGCAGCGCUCUCGCUGGUAUGCAGCAGAACAGCCUGGCUCCCAAGACGAGGCCGUCGCGCCCAUGCAAACUCCCACACUUACGCCCGCGCGACCUUUGAGAACCACCGCAGACUCCGAGAAAGACGCAGACCCAGCCUUGACUGAAACCCAGGCACCCCAACCUGUCUCCCCAGUCUCCUCGCAGCGGCAAAGAUGGCGCUCCCCCGAGUCAGAGCCGGAAGCCGUUGCGCCAGAACUUGCACCAGCACCGACAGACAAAGCACCCUCCAAACCACUCUCCAAGCACGCAACCCAUCUCUACACAAUCUCCUACCUCAUCUUCUUCUCCCUCCUCGGCACCCUCGCCCGCCUGGGCCUCCAGGCCCUCACAUUCUACACGGGCGCCCCCGUCGUCACGGGCGUCCUCUGGGCCAACGUCACGGGUAGUCUCAUAAUGGGCUUCCUAAUCGAAGACAAGAACAUAUUCCAACAAGAAUGGGGCACGCCACCCACAACGCCACCAAAAGACGACCACGAAGCCACCCAGCAGACGAAAACCCAUAAAGCCGUGAAAAAGACCAUCCCGCUCUACAUAGGCCUGACAACCGGCUUCUGCGGAUGCUGUACCUCAUUCUCAAGUUUCAUGCGCGAUGUCUUUCUCGCACUGGCAAAUGCCCUGCCGGAUCCGUCUCUGCCGGCCGGUGUGGGCAUCACGUCCCGGAAUGGCGGGUAUAGCUUCAUGGCGCUCGUCGCGGUAUUGCUCCUCACCGUCUCGCUGAGUCUGUCGGCGCUGAUCUUUGGCGCACAUCUCGCGCUGGGUCUGGCGCGGGUUACGCCAACCGUGCCAUUCGCGCUGAUGCGCCGCGUCGUUGACCGUGUCGUGGUCCCCCUGGCCUGGGGCUGCUGGCUCGGCGCCGUAUUCCUAGCAAUCUGGCCGCCAGACCGGCACGGCGCGGAUACCUGGCGCGGACGGGCGGUUUUUGCACUGGUCUUCGCGCCGCUGGGCUGUUUGGGCCGAUUCUACAUAUCUGUGCUAUUGAAUAGGCGGGUGCCCUCGUUUCCGUUGGGGACGUUUGCGGUCAACAUGCUCGGCACGGUGGUAGAAGGGUUAUGCUAUGAUUUGCAGCACGUAUCUGGUCUGGGUGCCGUGGUGCCGGCGGCGUUGACGGGGUGUCAGGUUUUGCAGGGUGUGAUGGAUGGGUUUUGUGGGAGUUUGACGACGAUUAGUACGUGGGUGGCAGAGUUGAAUGGCGUGGCGAGGAGGAGACAUGCGUAUUUUUAUGGGGUUGUUAGCGUCGCGGGUGGUUUGGGGCUUUUGGUGGUUAUUAUGGGAAGUUUACUGUGGACGAGGGGGUUUGAUGAGCCGGUUUGUGGGUGAGAGGGUGUGUUAGAUUUUUAUACCCUUGUAUCAUAUUGGAGCGUACAUGUAUACCUUUUCAAUAUAGGCGUCUACAUCAUAUACAGCGAGACAAAGUCACGUUUAUGGUCAUAUUCAU